GGGAAGCAGCCACCGUGCCGCCUCUGCCUCGGCGUGGAACAAACGGUUAAAGAUUUUGGGCAGCGCCUCGCGGGGGGAGGAGCCAGGGGCCCAAUCCGCAAUUAAAGAUGAACUUUGGGUGAACUAAUUGUCUGACCAAGGUAACGUGGGCAGCAACCUGGGCCGCCUAUAAAGCGGGCGCGCGGUGGGGUUCGGAGCGCUGGCGACGGCGGCAGGUGGCGCGGGAGGCCGCGGCGCGCCAUGGGGCUCCCGGCGCUGCUGGCCAGUGCGCUCUGCACCUUCGUGCUACCGCUGCUGCUCUUCCUGGCCGCGAUCAAGCUCUGGGACCUGUACUGCGUGAGCAGCCGCGACCGCAGCUGCGCGCUCCCUUUGCCCCCCGGAACUAUGGGCUUCCCCUUCUUUGGGGAAACACUGCAGAUGGUGCUACAGCGAAGGAAGUUCCUGCAGAUGAAGCGCAGGAAAUACGGCUUCAUCUACAAGACGCAUCUGUUCGGGCGGCCCACAGUGCGGGUGAUGGGCGCCGACAACGUGCGGCGCAUCUUGCUCGGGGAGCACCGGUUGGUGUCGGUUCACUGGCCCGCGUCGGUGCGCACCAUCCUGGGCUCCGGCUGCCUCUCCAACCUGCACGACUCCUCGCACAAGCAGCGCAAGAAGGUGAUUAUGCGGGCCUUCAGCCGCGAGGCGCUCCAGUACUACGUGCCGGUGAUCGCGGAAGAAGUGGGCACUUGCCUGGAGCAGUGGCUGAGCUGCGGCGAGCGCGGCCUCCUGGUCUACCCCCAGGUGAAGCGCCUCAUGUUCCGCAUCGCCAUGCGCAUCCUGCUGGGCUGUGAGCCCCGACUGGCGAACGGCGGGGACGCGGAGCAGCAGCUGGUGGAGGCCUUCGAGGAAAUGACCCGCAAUCUCUUCUCGUUGCCCAUCGACGUGCCCUUCAGUGGGCUGUACCGGGGCAUGAAGGCGCGCAACCUCAUCCACGCGCGCAUAGAGGAGAACAUUCGCGCCAAGAUCUGCGGGCUGCGGGCGGCGGAGGCGGAGGCGGAGGCGGAGGCGGAGGCGGGCGGUGGCUGCAAAGAUGCGCUGCAGCUGUUGAUUGAGCACUCGUGGGAGAGGGGAGAGAGGCUGGACAUGCAGGCACUAAAGCAAUCUUCAACCGAACUCCUCUUUGGAGGACACGAAACCACAGCUAGUGCAGCCACGUCUCUGAUUACUUACUUGGGGCUCUACCCCCAUGUUCUCCAGAAGGUUCGAGAGGAGCUCAAGAGUAAGGGUUUACUUUGCAAAAGCAAUCAAGACAACAAGUUGGACAUGGAAAUUUUGGGACAGCUUAAAUACAUUGGGUGUGUUAUUAAAGAGACCCUUCGACUGAAUCCCCCAGUUCCAGGAGGGUUUCGGGUGGCUCUUAAGACUUUUGAAUUAAAUGGAUACCAGAUUCCCAAGGGCUGGAAUGUUAUCUACAGUAUCUGUGAUACUCACGAUGUGGCAGAUAUCUUCACCAACAAGGAGGAAUUUAAUCCUGACCGAUUUAUGCUGCCUCACCCAGAGGAUGCGUCCAGGUUCAGCUUCAUUCCAUUUGGAGGCGGCCUGAGGAGCUGCGUAGGGAAAGAGUUUGCAAAAAUUCUUCUCAAAAUAUUUACAGUGGAGCUGGCCAGGCAUUGUGACUGGCGGCUUCUAAAUGGACCUCCUACAAUGAAAACUAGUCCCACCGUGUACCCUGUGGAUGAUCUCCCUGCAAGGUUCACCCGUUUCCAGGGGGAAACCUGAUGGGUGUGAAUGCCCAGCCUUCAGACUUAUUUGAAGUGCACAUGAGGUUUUACAUAGUGUCAUGUUGAUUUUAUUAUAUUUAAUUUCUAAAUGUAUAUUAUAAUAUUUAUGUGUCUCUACUACACUACCACAGUCUUUAAAUAUUAAAAUAAUGAAUUUGGAUGGUUUCCAAAUAAAGUAAAAUCUGAAGGUG